GAUUUUUAACAAUCAUCAAAAUCAAAAGAAUUCAUUCAAGAUCUCUCGCUCUCAACUUAUACAACAACUUACAUAUGAGGUAAAGGAAAACUACAAAACAUCUGUGAGCUAAAAAAAAAAAACAUUAUUACACAAGACAUUCAACACAAAUCGUGGCGCAAAAUAUACCUAAGAAGUUAAAUCACCAAAUAUAAACAAAAAAAUCUAACUUUAACAAAAAUUAAAGUAAAAACAACUUUAAGCCAUUUAAACUUAUGUCCAUGUCCAUCCAGCAAUCUCAAUCAUCAAUCAAUCGAUUGCGAUAUUAAAAAAUAGUUUAACAAAACUUGUUUCCCUCCAAUUUUAACACUUUAUAUAAAAUAACGUCAUCGUUAAUAAUUAUUUGUCUAAGACUUUGCAUUGACCACGCGAAUUUGAAGAUCAAGUGAAUCUUUAAUCAACAAUAAUAAUUUUUAUUAUUGACAAAAUCAAUCAACUUAACACACGACGCGACGCGACGCAACGUGACGCUUUGACUCGUUUUUGAAGUACAUUUAUUUCACACAUUUAAGAACUUUGGAAUUGUACGUCAUCAACAAUUAUAAAAUAAUUGUAUUCAAAUAAAUUGUCACUUAGGUACUGUGGGAUAAACUUGAUUUUAUUAAUAUGCAAAAAAAUAAAGAAACAGAACAAAAAAGAAUAAAUGAAAAUUUGAACAACUUUAAGAAAAGCUCGAACUCAUCAGCCUUAACCUAAUAAUAUCAUUCAUUAAAAAAUAUGAAACAAAUCAAUGAACAAAAUGUUAAAAAAAAUAAAUAAAUAAUAAUACUAAACAACAGUAACGUUCCAUUUUAAUAAACAAAUCAAAGAACCACUCAAAUCUAACUUCUCACUCAAAAUCCGGUCUUACAGAAGAUCAUGUAUCUUUAACCUUCUAGAUACCAAUAAUUUCAACCACGAAUACAAAUGCAUAAAAUAAAUAAAUGAGAAUUGAAAAAAUAAAAUUCACCACGUUUUUAUGUACCUCAUCAAAAACUUACAGAAACUUAUAGCUACGAUUUUCAUUCUCUUAACUUCUCUAUGAAUCUCUUAUCUGCUCAAAAACAAGUCAAGAGAUUUUUCAUCUAGAGAAAAAAGUAAGGGUUUUUCGAAUUCAAAAAAAAUUGAAAAAUAGAAGAUACAAAACACAGAAACGCCGCAUACGCCGCACCGAUCCUCACCUCAAAAACUCUAAACUCAAAACAAAAUGCCGACAGGAGAUUCAGUUUGUUGAGAAUAUAGAAGACUCUUCUGUAGUAUUUUAUUUAUAAAUACAGUUUUUUUAUGUUUAGAUCUUUUAUUUAUUAUAAUUAUUAUUAUUAUUGUUAUUUUGAGGGAAUUUUUUUUAAUUCCAAUCAUGAACACUUCAGUUGUGAAUAUCACGCUCAAGAGUGAAGAUCUAUUCAAUACGCGGAUUCUUCUUGUAAAAAAGCAAAGAAUAAAAUACUAAGCGACUUCAAAAUUAAGGAAACAAAAGAACUUAUUUAAGUGAAAUCAGAAAUCCAGAAAAACAGAUCUUAAACUCUAGCGGUAAUCUAACUUAAAUAAUAUCAAUGUGAUUUAUUAACAAAUUGUCAAUUAAAAUCAACAUAAAUUAAUUGAAAUUCAGAUUAAAUGAAAAAGUUGCUUCAUUGUGAAUAAUAGUUUGAGUGCAAAAUUUAUGUAAAUUGAAAGAAAAAAUCCCACAAAAUGGGCUAAAAUAUUUAAAUAAAAGCAAAGUCAAAUUAUUGUUUCCCUUAAAGUUAUAUCAAAAAAACCAUAUUGAAGCUUUGAUUUCAAUCGGUGUAGUACAAAAAUUAAUAAAUUCGAAGGAAAUGAAUAUUAAAUCCGGAUAUAAUCCAAAACGAGAAAUUAUAAUAUAAAAAGUAAAACUUGGCAGAAAGCCAAUCUAAGAAAAUACAACAACAAAUAAAAGUAAUAUUAAUAUGAACAAAUAUGGCAAUAGACUUUUUAAUUUUUGGUUUUCUCGUGAUAUCGUUCAUAAUAAAUUUGCUGCCAUUAGGUGCAUUCUGGGUGACACCAGGUUUACGAACAACGGCUAAUCGAUUUGUUAUAAAUUUAUUGAUUAUAAAUUUAAUUGGUUGUUGUAUCUUAGCACCUACAUUAUAUUUAAGUGACGAUGAUGAAAGUUUUCAUCAAAUUGGCAGUGAACAAGUUGCAUUGACAACAGCACUAAGAACUCAAAGCCAGAACACCACAACGAUGGUUAACGCAGGAGGCCCCGGAGUUGCUUUUCAUAAUAAAAGUGAGCAUUCAUCAGAUUCACAGAUGACAACAUUCCAAUGCAAUUCAACUUAUUGCAGCGAACAGCUGACAUUUAUUGAGGAGCGAGACGAGGAGAAAAUUGUGAUAACUGAAUUGAAUGAGAAGAAAUUAAGUGAUAUGUUGAGACUAUUGAAGUCGACGACGACGACGAUGAGGCCAGGGGUGAGAUGUUGGUCGAUAGAUCUGGCGGCAGCUUUGGGAGCAUUGUCAGUGUUGCUGGUGGUGGGCGAUACUUGGAUGGCGGUGAGAGAUCCCCUACGUUAUCACAGUCGGAUAUCGGGUUUGAAGUCGUGGGUUCUGAUUGCCAUGACUUGGGUUUUGGGGGUUCUUUUCGGAGUGAUGUCGGCAUUGAGGGAAAUCAAUUUUCAAUACAACACAGUUUUUGAGAAAAGGAGAAAUACCUCUUUGGAGCAAAUUCAAGUUUCUAGCUUUUCACAUAGCACAAUUUUUAGCAUGAUUUUCGCUUGUAUUUAUUUUAUUGUGAUUAUUUUGCUCCCAUUCGGGUUUGUCUGUGGUAUGUAUUGGAGAAUCUUUUCGGAAGCCAAAGAAAAUGGUCUGAGAAUGCGUCAGAAUGGAUCAUCACCGCUGCUGCAGAGUGCUACAAAUCUUACACAUAGUCAAGAGCAGCAGCAGAGAAAUGCACAUUUAUUAAUGCGAAGAAAUUCGAUAACUAACAGCACUAACAAUAAUUCGGGGGGAGGUGGUGGAUUGCAAUUAAAAAUCGAUAGGAAAAGAAACCACAAAGAUUCAAUACCAACCACCACAAACACAACAACAACAUCAAACACUGUUAAGAUUGCUGAAGCUAAAAAGCCAAAGUCAAUAUUACCACCACUUUCCGAACCAGACGAGACAUCUUUGACGGAAGAAGGAAAUACAUCAGCCACCACCACCGUCAAUCCAUUGGCUUUGUGCCAAAGUACCAAAAGAGAGAUAAAAAGGAAUUAUUCAGUGCGACAACUUCCGGUUGCGGGACUUUCUUCGCAUCAAGAUACCAUUGAAUGUAGUCGGUUGAAUUCGUUUCGACAGAUAAAAUCAUCACCUAAUCUACAAAAACGAAGUUCCUUAACAGGGCUUGAAACAACAUUCCAUUUGCGUAAUCAUCACCAUCCUCACGCUUCACCUAAGUCAUUGAGCUAUAUGACAUCAAUUCGUCGGAGGCUGUCAAAUGCUUCGUCGCUUUUUAAGCAACGCGAAGAGUCACGAGCCGCUCGUAUCAGUAUUUUAGUCGUAAUAAUGUUCCUAGUGUCAUAUUUACCGUAUGGCCUCUUAGUAUUACUACAAGAUCGAUUGAUCGAUAAUUUUCCUCAUUCAACACAACUGGCAGUGCUAAUGAUUCUGCUAGCGAAUUUCAGCUCACCGUUCAUAUUCGCUUACAGAAAUAAGCGUGUGCGCCAUGGAGUCACUCGACUGUUUGGUUUGGAUGCCCGGUCGAAGGACCAUCGUUUGCAGUGCAAGGGCAUAUUUCUGCGAUACGGUACGAAGGCUCGGAUCAGUGUUAAACGUAGCAGUAGCAAGGUCUCUGCAUAUUCUAUGAAUUCAUGUAAAUAUCUUACACCAAUUCUCAAGCAUACAAAUAGAAGCUUAAGAAAUAAAAUCGAAGAGAAUAAGCACGAAGCAAAUACAUUCCUAACAAGUGCACAGGUUGAAAAUAGCUUACAAAAUUCUUCACCGCCAUCGCCGCAGCAGAGUCAAAACAGUCUCAAUCCUAAAUGUGAAAAUAUAAAUGAUGCUGUUGAUACAACAAUUACCAUUCAGCUAGAUGCUGCCCAUCAUAGUGAAAAGUUUUCAAUGUUCAAAGUGUUUUGCAAACGUUCUAAGUCAGUGCCGAAUUGUGCGGCCACAAAUUCAUGUAUUGCAGAAUCUAUAGAAGUUUAAUUUAAGGGAUAUAGAAGUGUAAACCAAAUAUUGCGGUGUACGUACCUUUUUCUUUUUAGAAAAAAUCUUUGUAAAAUAACCAAAUGAAUGUACAACAUACAUAAAGGUAAAUUAUGUUUAAAUUAUAUUUACACAACAAAAUAAAUUAUUUUAAAUAAUAAUAGAAAAAGAUAAAAACAAAACCAAAAAUUGUAUAUUUACAUAUAGGUAAAACUAUUAAAUUUAGUUAAUCAAUUUUUUUAAAGUUAAAAUUAAGAUUAUUUAUUUAUAUAUAUUUAAGAGUCAUUGUAAACUUAAAAUUAAACUAAGGUCGUUUUGUCUCACUUAUCUGACUUAUUAACAACUGAAAAGAAAAAUCAAAUAAGUUGAUUAUUCAUAUGAU